AUGGCUUGUCGUCUCUACCUUCAUCCGCUGGUCAUAUCGACAGCGCAGCAAUUCUUCUUCAUUUACAUUGCGGGCUUCACAUCUCGCACAUCAAUCCUUCGCCCAAUUGGAUUCAUAAUCUUUCUCCUCUCGACUUUCAUUGCGCUCGCUACGUUUGAAGACUUUGUCGAGCCACCAGGAUGGGUCUCGAGAGCCAUCAUCUCUGCAUUUCCGCAAAUCUCGUUGACGUAUUUUGAGCGCAUGAUUGUGCGAAAAAUAGCAUACGCUGAGGAUCUUGAGAAGAAAGAUCAAGAGCUUCAAUCGACGAUCGCGGAAUUUCGCAAGCGAUAUGUCUUUGGACAAGAAGUUGCGUCCUCGAUGAGAGGUUUAGGCACGCCCUGGGAGAUCAGGAAUAUUCACCACUUUGACUCUCAAGACCCAACAUACGUGCCUGCUGCUACACCAUUUGUGUGUAUCAAUCUUCUUAAAGUACUUCUCUGCUAUUUUGUUCACAAAAUGUGCAUCACGACGCAGUUAAGCCUCGAUCAGCAGUACAUGGCUCCAAACUACGUGCCCAUCUUUCGCCGUAUUAGCGAAGUUUCACUGGUAGAGCUGCAAGUUCGGUACGUGGCAACCGUCACAACAGUUGUUUCAAUUUUCUGCUUCAUCCAAGGCGGUUACUCUCUCGCCUCUGCAGCAUUGGUAACAAUGAAUCCGAAAGCUGUCAAAGAUUGGAGACCGAUUUUCGGUGAAUUGACAGAGUCUUACUGUCUACGACAAUUCUGGUCGUAA